AAAGCUUAAGAUAUUCUUAUAAAAGCACAAUGUUGCGGUCCGUGUUUUCUAAAACGUUUUCAACAGCAAAGCAUACAGGCAUAUUGAGCAAAAGACAAGAUGACAUCAAAGAAAGGACUACUUGAAAGACUUCAGAAUGGAGGCAACGUCAUUGUCGCGGAAGGAUUCCUUUUCGAGAUUGAGCGACGCGGCUACAUGUCCGCGGGACCUUUUGUACCCGUUGUUAGUGUUGAGCAUCCGGAAGUGCUCAAGCAGUUGUAUGAGGAAUUUGCGCACGCCGGAAGUGAUGUUAUUCUUGCAUUUACGUAUUAUGCCCACCGAGAAAAACUGCGUGUGGUCGGAAGAGAGGAUGACCUCGAAGCAAUAAACAAGGCUGCUCUAAGAUUGGCACGUGAAGUUGCAGACGAACAUGGAUGUUUAAUGGCGGGAAACAUUUGUAACUCAGCGGUGUACGUCACGGGUGAUACAGAAUCGCACAAAAUUACAGAGGGCAUGUUUAAAGAGCAGAUUGAAAUCGCAGUAGAAAUGGGUGCUGACUUUAUCGUUGCUGAGACAUACAUGGACACUGGGGAGGCAAUGCUGGCAUUGGAAUGUAUUAAGAAAUACGGAAAAGGUGUUCCAGCCGUUGUAACACUUUCUGCUUCUGCCAAAGACACUCUCGUAGAUGGCGUCGGAGUCGUAGAAGCUUGUAAAAACCUGGAGGAGGCAGGAGCUGCCGUUGUUGGCCUGAAUUGUUUCGCUGGACCCGAUACGAUGAUGCCCAUUCUGAAACAAAUUAAAGCUGUAUGCAAGGGACCAAUAGCAGCUUUACCGGUACCUUACAAUACAACCCCCAAGGAGCCCGUCUUUACGGCGUUGACAGUGCCAGGAACAAAAAAACGUGCUUUUCCCCUUGACCUUUGCGCCUGUCAGUGCAGCAGAACAAGGGUGGAAGAGUUUGCCAAGGAAUGUAAGGAAAUGGGAAUACAAUACGUCGGACUGUGUUGCGGAAACUCGGCCAACCUUACCCGUGUUGUUGCCGAGGUCUACGGCCGUACCCCGCCCGCCAGCAAGUAUUCCCCAGACAUGACGAAGCAUUACAUCUUUGGUGACAAGUCAAGGUUCCGAAAAGAAUUCACUGAAGACCUUAGAGCCAACAAGGGAGGCGAUUUCGACUAGAUUCUGAUAAACUGUUUUUAUCACAAAGUCAUCAAGUUCAGCCCGACAUUUCUUGCUGCCGUAGAGGGAACGGUGACUGAAUAAUACUUGUUGCAUAAUAACCAUGCACUCAAUUCACUUGUAUUAGUGCAUAAAAUUGUUUCUGUUAAAAGAAUCAAUUUAUUUUUGUAUGUACAUGUAUCCUAUUUAACACAUUUUGCAAAUCAAAAGUAUAUUUAUUUAGCGCUGAAGGACAUUUGGGUAUAUGAAUUCAGAUACUUUGAUGUAUUCUACAUUAUACUCUUUUUCAAUCAAAAAGUUUUCAUAUGAAUAUUUUACAUAUAUUAUUAUUAUCUUUACAUUUACACAUUGCAUAUAUCUAUAUAUAUAUAUAAGUUAUUUUCUUACUUAUUUUAUGAUUGUAUUUUAUUAUAUUUUGUCGUUCAUAACGAUAUAUCCGAAUGUUUUUUCUUUAUUCAUUUUAUAUUUGUUUAAGUUUUGAAUGAUGUAUGAUGUCAAUAAAACAUUGUGUCUGUUUCUCUUUACAUAAUAAAGUUUUUAAAAAAUU